AUGCGAUCAUUUGGUCUUUGUAUUUUCGUUUUAGUUAUCUCGUUGCUGGUCGAUAACACUUUUGGCUUUCAAAAUUUAAAUAGUUAUAAUAAUAACUAUUCUAAUAAAAGGAAUGCUCAUGUUGAUAAUAAAACGUCUGGCCUGUCGAAACAACAACAAUACCUCAAAGGCCAAAUAAAACGGAACAUUGGAUCUAAAUCAAUAAAGCCGAAUUCAAACAUUAAUCGCGGCAAAAACAACAAAGCAUCGUUAUUGGAAUAUAAUGGCUCGACUGGAUCGGGAGCCCCAAAAUCCAAUAAUGAUAAAAGCGAUUCGGCGGCAGCACUUACUUCGCAAGGAAAUUUUAAUAAUGAUGUCAUAAUUAUUAAUUCCCCUUUUCCAUCAUCAUCGUCACCACCACUUCCAUCAUCAACUAAUUUACCACUUCCUUCAAAAUUAAAACCAUCAAAACACCAACAACAAAAUUCGCGCCUUAACAAAAUCGGUUCUCCCCUUCAGAUUACUAUUCGUAACCUCGCCAAUGGAAGCGGCUCUAACAAUAAUGGGGGCGUCUCUAGCAAUAAUGGAAACGGCUCUAGCAAUGGAAGCGGCUCUAACAAUAAUGGGGGCGUCUCUAGCAAUAAUGGAAGCGGCUCUAGCAAUGGAAGCGGCUCUAGCAAUAAUGGGGGCGUCUCUACUAUUUCACCUUCCAACCCCAAGAAUACAACCGAACCUGAAAAUGAAAACGGAUAUGCAGUUCCCCCCACACCGCCCCCAAACAAAUCAAAUGAACUAAUAAUCGGAUUAGUAGUCGCAGGCAUUCUCCUAAUCGUGGUCAUAAUUUUGAUAGCGGCCAGACGUCGCCUACGAUGCAGCAAUCCACAUUACUAUAUUCCCGAAGGCUCGUGGUCUGAUACCGACUCAUCGGUGACCGGUGGAAUUGGUAAAGUCCCGCGAAUGCGUUCGCAUACAUUAUUAGAUGCAUUCAAGAAGAGUGUUGUUAAUAUCUUUCCGUUGCCGCGUGACUCUGCCAACGUUACUGGGCAGAGUAAAUUUAUCGAAAAGAUAGAAGGAGGCUCAGUAGAGGGAAUUGUUGUUUAA